CUCACUCGCUCGGCCGCGCACCACCAGCCUCCACUCGACCACUCUCUCCCGUCCCCGUAUAACCCCCGCAGCCGCCGCCGCUCCUCCCCACCUCUUCUCCCCUUCAGCCAAAUUUUGCGGGAAACGCGACGCCACACGGAGAAACCCCUCCCCAACGUCGCCUCGCAACCCACUCUCAAAACCUUCGCCCCCCUCCUACGAUGGCCGCGUCGCCGCCGCCGCCCCCCGCCGCCGCCCCCGCCGCAGCCGCGCCAGGAUCGACGCCGCCGGCGCAAGUGGUGGGCAACGCCUUCGUGCAGCAGUACUACAACAUACUCCACCAGUCGCCGGAUCUCGUCUACCGCUUCUACCAUGAGGCCAGCCGCAUCGGUCGCCCCGCCAGCACCGGCGCCGAAAUGGACACCGUCACCACCAUGGAGGCUAUUAACGAGAAGAUCAUGUCUAUGGACAUCGCUCGGGCGGAGAUCAGGGGGGUGGACGCGCAGGAGUCGCUGUGCGGUGGGGUAACCGUGCUCGUCACGGGCCACCUCACUGGGAAGGACGACGUGUGUCGCGAGUUUGCGCAGUCCUUCUUCCUUGCGCCUCAGGAGAAGGGUUACUUCGUCCUCAACGACAUACUGCGUUAUGUCGGGCAGGGGCAGGCCGAAACGUCGCCCCCGCCGCCUCAGCAGCAGCAGCCGGCACCAGAGGUGGAUGCAGUGGUUGCCCCUGCUGCCGUCCUAGCAAAUGGCACCGUCAGUGGACCCACGGAGAGUGUGCCUCGUGAGCCGGAGACUUUGCCUGAGCCUGAGCAGGAUCUGUCAGAGCUUGCAACUCAUCCUCACGAGGAGGAGGAUCCGAAGGAGGAGGUCUAUAACCCACCGAAUGAUGCGGAGGUGCCUGUUGUGGAGGAAACACCGGUUCCUGAGGUCAUAGAUGAAGUGCCAAAUAACGUAGCAACCUCCGUACCAGUUUCGGCUCCCACUAUACUGCACGAGGAGGCCCCAAAGAAGUCUUACGCAUCAAUUGUCAAAGUCAUGAAAGCAGUUCUGCCACCGAAUUCCGUGGUUCCUUACAGGCCUGCACCACCCAAAAAAGAGAAGCAAGCUCCUCCUACUCCUGCUCCCGCUCCAGUUGUUGAUGCUCCAGCUUUCAGUCCUAACCCUGAGAGCAGCAAUAUUCAAGAUCCAGAAGUUGAUGCGCUUGCGGUGUAUAUAAAGAAUCUGCCGUUACAUGCCACACCCAGCCAAUUAGAAGAAGAGUUCAAGAGGUUUGGCACCAUUAAACACGAUGGCAUCCAAGUUAGAAGCCACAAGAUCCAAGGUUUCUGUUACGGCUUUAUAGAGUUUGAGGAUGCCAGCUCAGUUCAAAGUGCACUAGCGGCUUCUCCUGUGACGAUCGAUGACCGGCCGUGUCACGUGGAAGAGAAAAGAACUCCUGGUUCACGUGGCAGUAGCAGAGGACGGUUUCCGACAGGUAGAGGUGGUAACUUCCGUGGUGAAGGUAUGAGAGGCCGCGGUAGUUACACUGGAGGGAGAGGCUAUGGAAGGGGUGACUUUAACUACCGAUCUGAAUAUGGUGGCAGAGGUGGUGGCAGAGGGGUCUCAUCUCGUGGAGGUGAUGUUGGCUACCAGCGUGUUGAUCACUCUGGCGCUGGUGGUCGUGGUGCCCGGGCAGCUGCAAAGUGAGUUUCGUUGGUAGUUACGCAUUCGUAGAAGUUUGCUAUUUCCGUUGUCAUUGGACUUGCUAAGGUUCACAAAAGGGUGUGUGGUGAGCUGGGUUCAUGUGAGGUCAGUCAGCGAAUUCAGGUCAUAAAUUGAUGCUUCUCUUGUUUUGUGGCAAGGAAAGCUGUGGUGCUAUUGGUUACUAAUUGUAGAAUAUACAUCUAUUCAGAUGCAGUCCUAGCAAGUUUUGGCAUUUUUGAGCA